GUAUUAGGUGGUUCAAGCGUACUUAAUACCAUGUUGUAUAUUCGUGGGAAUCGUCGUGACUUUGAUCAAUGGGAAAGCUUUGGUAACCCUGGUUGGGGAUACGACGAUGUACUCCCAUACUUUAAAAAGUCACAGGAUCAAAGAAACCCAUAUUUAGCGCGAAACACUAAAUACCAUAACACAGGUGGUUAUUUAACUAUUCAAGAGUGUCCUUAUAAGACGCCACUGGCUCCAGCAUAUCUUCAAGCUGCAGAAGAGAUGGGUUAUAACAUCGUGGAUGUAAAUGGCCAACAACAAAUGGGCUUUGCAUUGCCUCAAUAUACAAUGCGCAAGGGCGCUAGAUGUAGUGCAGCCAAGGCAUUCGUGCGUCCCAUCAAAUUUCGAAAGAAUUUUCACCUAUCGUUAUGGAGUCAUGUCACGCGUGUUCUCAUAGAUCCAAGUACCAAAAGAGCAUACGGUGUAGAAUUUAUUAAGAAUGAUCGUGUUGAGACCGUAUUUGCGAAGAAAGAAGUUAUACUUUCGGCAGGUGCUAUAAAUACUCCUCAAUUAUUGAUGCUGUCUGGAAUCGGUGCAAAGAAUCACCUCGAAGAUCUUGGUAUUCCAGUGAUUCAAAAUUCACCUGGUGUUGGACAGAACCUUCAAGAUCAUAUAUCCAUUGUUGGUUUAACCUUCCUUAUCGACCACGAGAUCAGCUUUGUUUAUAAUCGCAUAUUAAAUAUAAACUCAAUAUUGAAAUAUGCAAUUACCGAAAACGGUCCACUAACUUCGAGUAUUGGUAUCGAUGCAGUAGGCUUUUUAUCAACCAAAUAUGCUAAUCAGACGGAUGAUUGGCCUGAUAUAGAGUUCCUAAUUACCUCCGCCACUAUAAAUAGCUCAGGUAAAGUACCAAAAAAUGCUUUUUGCUUAAAGGACAAUUUUUACGAUGAAGUCUAUGGAGAGAUCACAAAUCGUGAUAGUUUUCAUAUCAUUCCUAUGAUUCUAAGACCUAAAUCUUUAGGUUAUAUACAUUUAAAGUCAAAAGAUCCACUCGAUUACCCAUUAAUGUAUCACAAUUAUUUAACGAAUCCUGAUGACGUAAAUGUUUUACGAGAAGGAGUCAAAGCAGCAAUUGCAUUUGCUGAAACGAGUAGCAUGAAAAGAUUUGGGACAAGAUUUUACAGUAAGCCAUUGCCAAAUUGUAAACAUCUUCCGAUGUUCACGGAUGAGUAUUGGGAAUGUGCAAUUCGACAAUUCACAAUGACAAUUUAUCAUAUGAGCUGCACUGCGAAAAUGGGUCCACGAUCUGAUCCAAUGGCGGUCGUAGAUCCCUCUUUAAAAGUAUAUGGAGUAGAAGGACUUCGAGUGAUCGAUGCUUCGAUCAUGCCUACGAUCACUAGUGGAAAUAUCAAUGCACCUGUAAUAAUGAUUGGUGAAAAAGGUUCGGAUCUCAUAAAGAAGGAUUGGAUGUUUAGACGAAAGAGAAGCAAUGAGACUAUCUCAGGUUCUUUCAAUCAAUAUUAGAUAUUUAGGAUAGUUCAUCGAAUGAAAGUAAAUUAAAUAUUUUUAUUAUUGCGUCAUAUAAAAUAAUUACGAGAAUAGAUAGAAAGCUUUAAUAACUUGUUUUUAAGGCUUACGUUUCCUAUUUCUUUUUCUGUUGUAAGAAUGGUGUUCUAUAAAAUUAA